AUGCCGGAUAUCACAGACCCAAUCUACGCGUCCCGUCUAACGAUCCUCCAGGAUCUGUUCGCCAACAGCAUAUCUGCGCCAACGGCUGCCAAACAACUAGCUGAAUCCUCCUUAUCUGACAACGAACCGCUUGAGGAGCGCCUUAAUCGGCUUUGGGAUUUGAUUAUCAAGCUAGCACGCGAGCAUCCUGAGCACCAAGAUAAGCUUGUCGAUGUCGUCGUGGAUCUCUCCGAGCUCCCCAGUCCCGACCCCGCAGAGGCAGGAGAAGAACCAGGUUCAGAACCUUUAACAAUCCACGGCAUGGAAGUCUGGAAAGACCUCCCAAUGCUUGGCUGGCGCUUCCGGGAUUUCUGGAAUGUGUCAAUACGCCCUAACAGCAAUCCUGAGGACCGACAAAAAGCCGUCUCAGAUAUCAUCAACACAAACAAAUUCGCUGCCCUUCUUACGGCAACCGACGAACCUGUCUUCGCGUCAUUUUCGUGGUUUGCUCUGGUAACUCUCCGCAGUGCGCUCGAAACACCGACAGAGCAGAUGCGGCCGGCAGAGCCCUUGGAGGCUUGGAUCCCUGCAGCGGCGGCAUGGAUUGAAACUUUAGGUGUGGAAAUCUAUAAAUGGGAUGAGGAAUUUGAGUCUGGGCCUAAUGUCGGCGCGAGGGGCAAGGGCGGUCCGCUGUGGGACGGGAAACAUGGCUUCUGCAAGGGGAGAUGGGAGCUCUGGCGGAAGCGGUUUGGCGAGAUAUCCAGAAUGGAGGGGGAGCUUGCGGAGGGGAUGGUCAGAGCUGUUAGGGUUAAGCCGAGCUUCAUCGUCACUGAGAACAGUCCAGACAGCAGUUGUUUCUCAUGCCAUCCACCGACCUAG